GGUACAUUUUAGCCUAAUAUCCGGUUUCACUCGGAAAACACAUGUACAUUAAAAGUAUAAUACAUAAUGGGCAAAAACAAGUUUAAACGGAAACAAGGGGAAUCACUUGAUGAAAGAAAGAAGAGAUUGCAGGAGGCUGCAAAACAAACUGGGAAAAAUGACAAGAAAAAAGAUGCAAAACCAAAAUACACAUUGGACCAGCUCUUAGACAAGGCAGAAGAAUGUAUUGAUAAAUUUGAGUAUGAGAUGGCACAGAAAUUCUGCCAACGUGCUUUGGAGAUGGAACCUGACAAUGUUCGUGUUUUGGAGACCUCUGGAUCACUGUUGAUUGAUCUUGGCAACAUAGAAGGAGCGAAACAGUGUUUUGGAAGGGCUGUAGAGGUGUGCCCAAAUGAAGGCUAUUCAAAAUAUAUGAACUUAGGACAGCUGUUUGAAGGUGCAAUGGCAGUUGAGUGUUUCCAGAAGGGCAUUGAGCUAAUGUUAGUGGAGAAAGAAAAAAGAGAGAAAGAAGAGGUGGCUGCAGCGUGUGGGGGGUCAGGCAGUGAGACAGGGGUCACGAACAGAGCCAUUUCAGAGGCUUAUCUGUCCAUUGCUGAGAUAUACAUGACUGACUGCUGUUUUGAUGAGGACGCUGAGGAGAAAUGUCGCAGCCACAUAGAGAAGGCCAUGUCCCAGGACACCAGCAACCCAGAUGCCCUGCAGCUGAUGGCCAGCUUCCUUCUCUCCAAGGAGCAGACAGACGGUGCCAGGGAGCACAUCAAGAAGAGUGUGUCACUAUGGUUACCAGAGUUCAAGGCCAGUGAGCAGCCAGAGGCUUCAACGAGUGCACCAUUUGAGUGUCCACAGAGUUUUGAAUCAAGACUGGCUGCAGGAAAAAUUUUAAUAGAAGUUGAAGAACAUGAACUGGCGAUCGAGGUUCUAGAGACACUACUGGAGGAGAAUGACGAGGUUGUUGACGUCUGGUACCUGAUUGGCUGGGCGAACCAUGAGCUAGGAGACGAGGGGAGAGACAGUGCGCGCUCCUACCUCAACAAGGCCCUCAAGGUCUACAGGAAGUCAAAGUGCGAGGAUGCCGAGCUGCUCAAACACAUUGAAGAGCUGCUUGAGACACUAGGGACUGGUGAUGAUGUAAUGGACUCUGAUAUUGACCCCGAGGACAUUGAUGAUGCUGAUGAUAACUUGACUGAAUCUGAAGAAGAGGAGGAAGAAGAGAUGAUUCACUGACUGUAGCUGAAAAUAAUCUUGUCUGAUUUUAAAUAAAAUGUUCAAUUGUUAA